UCAUCUUCAUUUCCUUUCAUUUGAUCUUCCAUUGCAAUCUCAUUUUGCUCUCCCGUUUGCAAUCACCUUCCUCGAUCCAUUUCCUUUCACUUCUUCCAUUACAAACCAGAAACACAUGGCUGCAGAGGCAGUUCUCUCUGCCUUCCUCCAAUCGUUGUUUGACGGAAUGGCAUCUCCCGAGUUCGCGGACUUCUUUCGGCAGCGCAAACUCAACGAAGGAGUCUUAGAGAAGCUGAAGAUAGCACUGUUGUCCGUGCAGAAACUGCGCGAGGACGCGGAGGACAAGCAACUUACAGAUCGUUCUGUGGGAGACUGGCUUCAUAAGCUGAAAGAUGUUGUCUAUGAUGCAGAAGACGUUUUGGACGAGAUAGCCACUGAAGCCUUGCAACGUAAGUUGGAUGCUCAAUUUCAAACCACUGCAGGGAAGGUACGAAACUCCAUCUCUACUUUUUUUAGUCAUUUUGUCAAGGAGAUAGAGCCAAAGAUAAAAGACAUACUUAACAUACUAGAAUAUCUAGAAAGUAAAAAGGAUGCUCUAGGUCUGAAAGAAGGUGUUGGAAGAGAAUCAUCAAAAAGAUUGCCCACGACUUCUUUGGUCGAAGAAUCUGGUAUUUUUGGCAGGGAUGAUGAUAAGGAAAAAAUAAUAAGUUUGAUACUUUCAAAUGAUGCAAUUGGCAAUGAAAAUCCAUGUGUGAUUCCCAUAGUCGGCAUGGGAGGAAUUGGCAAAACCACCCUUGCUCAGCUUGUAUACAAGGAUAAGAGUGUGAAGAAGCAUUUUGAUCUUCAAGCAUGGGUUUGUGUUUCGAAGGAGUUUGACGUGUUAAAGCUAACAAAAACAAUUCUGGAGGAAGUAGGCGGGUCUACUAAAGUUGAUAGUGAGAAUCUAAAUCUGCUUCAACUUGCACUAAACGAGAAAUUGAUGGGGAAUAAAUUUCUACUAGUUCUAGAUGAUGUUUGGAAUGAUAAUUAUGUUGAUUGGGAUGUGUUUCGCAAUCCAUUUAAAUCUGGGGUACCGGGAAGUAUGGUCAUUGUAACUACACGCAAUGAUAGUGUUGCAUCAAUCAUGCGCAGUGCUCCAACUCAUCGUCUAAAGACGUUACUAGAAGAUGAUUGUUGGUUACUAUUUACAAAACAUGCAUUCCACAAUGGUAACUCUGAUGCACGUUGUCCAGAGCUAAAAGUAAUAGGUAGACAAAUUGUGAAAAAGUGUCAAGGUCUACCUUUAUUGGCCAAGACAAUUGGGGGUCUCUUGCGAUUUAAACUAGAUGUUUAUGAAUGGGAAAGGAUAUUGAAGAGCGAAUUAUGGGAUUCGCCAACUAUCAAGACAAAUAUUCUUCCAGCUUUAAGUCUCAGUUACACAGAUCUUCCCUCACAUUUAAAGCAAUGCUUUGCCUACUGUUCAAUAUUUCCUAAGGAUAAUGGUAUACCCAAAUAUGAACUAGUCUCAUUAUGGAUGGCAGAAGGUUUCUUAAAAGAAACUAGAAACAAAACAAUGGAAGAGGUUGGUGAAGAUUACUUACAUGAAUUGACAUCAAGAUCAUUGUUGGAGCAAUCAAGUGGCAACAAAUCAAGUUUUGUAAUGCAUGAUCUUGUCAACGACUUAGCAAAAUAUGUAUCUGGACAAUUUACCUUUAGAUUGGGGGUUGACAAUUCCCAUGAAAUUGUGAACAAGACUCGCCACUUGUCAUAUAUUAGAGAACCAUUUGAUAACUUCAAGAAGUUUAAGGCUCUUUAUGUGGCUAGCCGAUUGCACACAUUCUUCCCCUUAAAUUUUCCACAAGUCUCUUUUGAGAUGUACUUAACUAAAAGUGUACCAUUUGAUUUAUUGUCAAAGCUAAGAUGUUUACGGGUGCUCUCUCUAUCUCGCUAUCGAAAUAUGACUGAGUUGCCUAAGUCAAUUGGUAAAAUUAAGCAUCUACGUUAUUUGGAUCUUUCUAAUACUUCAAUUAAAAGGUUGCCUGAUUCUAUAUGUAUGUUGUGCAAUUUGCAAACAUUGAAUUUAUCAGGUUGUAAAGAUCUUGCUGCAUUACCAAGAGAUAUGUGGAAACUCAUUAAUUUACGUCAUCUUGAUAUUGACGGAACUAGCAUAAAGGAGAUGCCAAUGCAGCUGGCUAGACUAAAAUGUCUACGAUCAUUAUCUAAAUUUAUCAUCAGCAAAGAUAGUGGGGCUUGCAUUGAAGAGUUGGGAAAACUUGCAAAUCUUCGAGGAAGGCUGUCUCUUUUAGAGUUGCAAAACGUUGUAUCUCAUACUGAUGCUUUGAAAGCAUGCUUGAAUGAUAGGAAGUACCUUGAGGAGUUGGUGUUGGAAUGGAAUGCAUUGGAUACUAAUAUUUCAGAAUGCCAAAGAUCUGUUCUUGACAACCUCCGGCCCCAUUGUAACUUGAAAAUACUAACUAUCAACAACUAUGGCGCCGAAAGUCUUCCGGAUUGGGUUGGGCAUCAUUCAUUCUCUAAUUUGGUGUCCCUUUGCCUAAAAAAUUGUAAACAUUGUUUCAACUUGCCACCACUUGGGCAGCUAUCCUCUUUGCAGGACCUCUCUAUCGUUGGGUUUGAAGGAGUUAUUAAAGUGAGUUAUGAGUUUUAUGGCAGCAAUUCUUCAUUAGAUAAGCCAUUUGGAACCUUGAAAUUUCUAAAGUUCGAGCAAAUGUUGAAGUGGGAGGAAUGGUCUUCUUUUGAUGCUGAAAACAAAGGUGAAGCAUUUUCUCAACUUAAAGCGCUUUAUAUUAUGGACUGCCCUAAGUUGACAGGACGGUUGCCCGUCCAUCUUCCUUCCUUAGCUAAACUAGAGAUUCGUGAAUGUCCGCGACUGGUGGAUUCACUUCCAAAGGCUCCUACUGCAUGCGAAUUGCAUCUAACACACUGUGAAGAGGUUCUAUUAAAGGAAUUGCCGGCUAGGUUGCGGAAGCUCAAUAUUGUAGGAUUUGACGCACUAGAGUCCCUUCCCGAGGGACUCGUGAACUCCGAAGAGAAUCUUCAAGUGUUAACAAUCUCACGCUGUAUGAAGUUAGAGCUCACUGCACAACUUAACUUUUCAUCCCUUGCAAGAUUGUGGUUGGACGACUGUGAUUCCCUCAAGUCAUUUCCAUUAGAUUUAUUCCCAAAGCUUAAUGCAAUCAAAAUCUAUGGGUGUAAGAAUAUGGAAUCAUUUACAAUUUCAGAACAACAUGGAUGUGAUUUAGUGACCUUGUUUAUUGACAUCCGUAAUUGCCCUAAUUUUGUGUCUUUUCCAAAAGGAGGAAUUCGUGCCCCCAAACUCAGAGUAUUUUCUAUUUCGAGUUGUACAAGUCUGAGGUCACUGCCUGAGAAGAUGCAUAUACUCCUGCCCUCUCUUAAGCAUUUUGAAAUAUUUGAUUGUCCAGAAGUUGAAUUGUUUCCCGAAGGGGGCUUUCCUUUCAAUCUGGAAGUUAUUGGUAUCAAGAAUUGUGAAAAACUCUUUGCCGGUCGGAUGAGAUGGGGUUUGCAAAAACUUUUGUCUGUUAAAACUAUGAAAAUCGGUGGCAAAUCUGAAGAUGUGAAGUCCUUUCCAGAGCCAGAGUUGCUGCCUUCUAGUCUGACCCGUCUUUCUUUCUGUGAAUUUCCAAAUAUGAAAUCUUUGGACAAUAAAGGACUUCAACACCUCACAUCUCUUGAAGAAUUGUGGAUCGAGGACUGCCCUAAGCUCAAGUACAUGCCAGAAGAGGGGUUGCCUGCGUCCCUUUCUACUAUAAAGAUCGAUGGAUGCCCUUUAAUGAAGAAGCAGUGGCUUAGCAAGAAAAGAAAAGGUCCUAACGUCGAUAACAUAUUGAUUGAUAAGGAAGAAUAUAUUGGAUGAGCCAAAAAGCCUCGCAAGAGUCCCAUUUUCCUUAUGACUCCAACUGUGGCUCUGUCGUGAUGCUCAUCUUUUGAAAAAGUGUUGUCUAUUCACAUGGCUGGUCAACAAGGGAGUCAUUCACCAAAUAAUUAGAAGUUUGAAGAGCUUGUUGGCGAUUACAAGAAAUAGAGGCAGGCAAAUAGAAUCCACGAUUAUGUGAGGCAUGAAUACCAGAAGAGCCUUCAUAAGAACCUUUUGACAUUAACUCUGUACCCAAGGAGAUUAAAGUCUCAGCCACUAGCAGAGAAGCUAAGCCUGAGUUUGCAUACUUUGGGAAGCUUUUCAAGAAACAGAAUACUGAGUGGAUGUUGUACAAGUGCACCAAUACAAUUCCAGAGCAAUUACUAGAACAAGUAAUGACUAUCUUAUUGAAAGCACAACUUCAUUUUACCAAUCCUACUUGAGAAUCCCUUUAUAGUUAUUUCUGCUUCCUGCCAGAUCACUGUUAUCGUGUAUGCUUCAGAAGCAGAUGAAUUCUCUCAAGUAUUAACAAAAAGCCUCUCAGAUCUCUCCCUCAUGACAGAUCUUUGUUUGGGUUCUUGUGAUUUUUUCUUUCUUUCUUUCUGGUAUAAGAAUUCUUGCAGUUUACAAAAUCCAAGGGAAAAAAAAAGACAGAAAAAUAGGUGAAAAGAUUUCUUCUCAUUAGUUGGGUCUUUGAGUUAAAAGAAAAUUGGAAGCCUGCUUUUGAAAUGAUGAUUCACCAAUAGAAGUCUUAUCUCACUCGUCUCCAAGAGGUGGAAGCUGAGCUUAUAGUCAGAUUCAUCUUUUUUACACAUUCACUGUCAAAGGUCAAGAGGCAUCUCAGCCCUCCAGGCUCCAGCUUGUUCAACAGCAUUUCCAGUACAUGGGUCCCCACAGAUGUUGGAUAUCCUCAUCGACAACCCAAAUACCAGAAAAUUGAUGGUGCUGAUCGAGACCCACUAAUUGGUCAUGUUGGCCGGUGACAUCCUUGGAUUGGCAUUUUGCUCAUUUGGUGGUUCUUCCUCAAAGAUGGCCCCAUGUUUUAAGGUGGUGAGCGUUCAAUGUGCAAACUUCAACCAAAUUUCUUCCUGCAGAGAGGAAAAUGGAAAACUUUCCUUGAAGCUUGUGAAGAUCAUGAGGGGGGUUUUCUUUUUCAAAUAAGAUAGUCGUAUGCAACUUUUCCUGAUUCUUUCCAAAGCGGUGGCCAAGUGCUCGUGAAAAUCAAAAUGUUACUGCUUUCGGUAUUUCACCAAUUUGGACGUUGGUGUGACUUGUGUCAUCAAGUCUAACACGGUUUGGUUUUUCCUUUUACUUUGGGGUUUUGGAGUCAUACACCAAUUCAAGUAGUAUUAGGAGAGAGAUCCAUCGACUUGUAGGCUUUAAUUAUAAAAGGUCUAGCUUUGGUUCCUUUGGCACAUGUGGAGUAAGGCGCUGCAGUGUUAUAGUGAGAGAGAAAGAAGGCGAGAGCACCAAAAGAAAGAGAGGAUUUUUUUUUUUUUUUUUUGUUAUUCUCAUUUUUGGAUAAAAGUGAGAAUUUGAUGUAUUGGGGCUAUGGGUUCUGAGUGAUUUUCUCUCUACUAUGUUUUGUACUCCAUCUUCAUAGUGAAUUUCUUCGUGAUUGUUUCCGCCAGUGGACGUACCUCAUAUCGAGGGAACCACUUAAA